UCUUUCACUUUCACCUUUCCACAUCACACACUCAUCAAACAACUUCGUCUUUCUUUACUCUGAAAACAAAAAGACGAAGAGACUUCCUCAGAUCUCAUCAGAGUGGGACCCAUCCGUCAUCAACAUGUACGGACGACAACCAUUGAAUGGUCCUCUAGAGAUCAUCAAUGCAGCUGACUCCAUCACCAACGAAGAUCGCAGCAGAAACAAGCAAGAACUCGACCGAGCCACUCUUCCACGUCCACUCGACGCCACGCGGAAAAGCUGGCUACUCGAACCACCCCAGCCGAAGAAAAAGAAGUACGUUGAUCUCUGUUGUAUACUAGUCAGCCGCAAGAUCUUUCUCUGGACUCUCGGAACCGUUCUUGUAACCACCCUUCUCGCUGGUUCCAUAACUAUGAUCGUCAGGCACGUGUCACACCACAAACAGACAGAACCUAAACCUGACAACUACACCGUCGCUCUCCGUAAAGCUCUCAUGUUCUUCAACGCUCAAAAAUCUGGGAAGCUACCAGAGGACAAUAACGUGACAUGGAGGAGUGACUCUUGUAUGCAAGAUGGGAAAGACCAAACAGGAGGAUUCUACAAAGAUUUAGUUGGAGGCUACUACGACGCUGGAGAUGCAACCAAGUUUAACUUCCCAAUGUCUUACGCUAUGACCAUGUUGAGCUGGAGUGUGAUUGAAUACAGUGUAAAAUACAAAGCUGCAGGGGAGCUUGACCAUGUCAAAGAACUCAUCAAAUGGGGUGCUGACUAUUUCCUCAAGACAUUCAACAGUAGUGCUGAUACAAUCGAUGUGAUGGUGGAACAUGUCGGAUCAGUAAACGAUGAUGACAUUUACUGCUGGAUGCGUCCUGAGGACAUCGAUUACAAAAGGAUUGCAACGUUAUGCUACGAUUCCUGCUCUCAUCUCGGUGCAGAGAUGGCAGCUGCUCUGGCUUCUGCGUCCAUUGUUUUCAAAGACAGCAGAGUCUAUUCUCAAAAGCUUGUUCACGGAGCUAAGACGCUUUAUAAGUAUGCAGACUCUGUUAAAGAUAGGAACAGUAAAAAACAGUCUCGUGAGUACUAUAAGUCGAGCCUGUUUUGGGAUGAGCUCUUAUGGGGUGGAGCUUGGUUGUAUUACGCUACUGGAAAUGUAACUUACCUUGAUCAUGUUACAAGUCAUGAUAUGGCUCGGAAAGCUGGUCCUUUCUGGAAUAGCCCUGACUAUAGAGUACCUAGCUGGGACAACAAGCUUCCCGGAGCUCAGUUGUUGUUGACGCGUUUGAGACUGUUUCUGAAUCCUGGAUAUCCAUACGAAGACAUCUUGAGCAGCUUUCAUAAUCAAACAAGCGUAGUUAUGUGCUCUUACUUACCUUAUUUCACAAGAUUCAACAGAACCAAGGGAGGUUUAAUCCAGUUGAACCAUGGAGAACCACAGCCGCUUCAAUAUGCUGCUAACGCUGCUUUCUUGGCCGCGCUAUACAGUGAUUAUUUAGACGCUGCUGAUGCUCCUGGAUGGUACUGUGGUCCUAACUUCUACUCUACUCAUGUCCUGCGUGAUUUUGCCAGAUCUCAGAUCGAUUACAUACUUGGUAAGAACCCUCAGCAGAUGAGUUACGUUGUGGAUUUUGGACAGCAUUACCCUAAACAUGUACAUCACAGAGGAGCUUCGAUACCGAAAAGCGUAAAGAAAGAAAGCUGCAAAGGAGGCUGGAGGUGGAGAGACACCAAAAGAGAUGAUCCAAACAUCAUUGUAGGAGCAAUGGUUGCUGGACCUGACAAGCAUGAUGGGUUCCACGACCUUCGCUCAAACUACAACUACACUGAGCCUACUCUAGCGGGUAACGCCGGUCUGGUCGCAGCUCUGGUGGCUUUAUCAGGAGGAGAAGAGACGUCUGCAGCUAUUGACAAAAACACUAUGUUCUCUGCCGUACCUCCUUUAACACCAGCCACACCACCUCCUCCGGCACCUUGGACACCUUAGAGAGA